UAAAACUUAAACUUUUCAUUCACGUAUUCCAUAUUAUCAUUCUUACAUAUGUAUAUGUCUGGCGAGAAUGUUUUAGUCUACAAAAAUGUAGUACGUUCUAACUUAACUUUAUACAUAUGUACAUACUAUGUGCAUACAUGUACAAUCACAUAUAUCUGCUUAGCGUCUUUACCAACCAUUAAAUGCACAGGUAUUUGCAGACAGGUAAAGGACAUCUAGUGUUUUGCAUUUAUGUACUUAUAUUCCUCUGCACAGUUGAAUUUAAAAUAAUCUCAACAGCACCAAAUAUGUCAAAUCUGAAGCAAAAUGUCAGCUUAAGCAUAACUGAAGAUUAUAAAGCACUACGUAAUGAUGCACAGUGGUUUUUCGAACAUAUAGAAAUCAUAGCCGAUUCAUUGGUGCAAUUUUUACCCGUUGUAAAUAAGGAAGGCAGUAGAUCCUUGACGGCGAACACAAAUAAUGCCACAUUUGUGGAGAACACACGGCUCACUCUACUGCUUGGGCUACGUCAUAUGCUUGUAGGCAUUAAGGAAAUCUCAGUUGCCUUCCAACGUCGCAUAUCUGGUGAUCAUGAGCAACAACUGCAGCAUUUAAAAACCGUCGCCCAACUGCUGCAGGAUGUCAUUCGAUUUGCUAAGCAUUGGUUUUCACUGCUCCGUAAUAGUCUUGCGGAGAUAUUUCGCUUAUACAACCACUAUAUACCGGAAGUGUUGCUGGGCAAAUGUUUUGGAAAAUACAUUACAACUGCUUACCCUGAUCGUAGCUUUUAUGAAUACCCAUUUAUUCUACUGGGUGAGGUUAUUGAUUUCGGUGUAACUUAUCUACAAAGCAUACCAAUAUACGAUUUUGCCGUUGAAAAUAUUACAACACCAUUGCCAAUAGAAGAUGUCUCAUAUGAACAGAACGAAAUUUGGCCCGAUGAUAUAGAGAAAUACUCAAGAAGUAUUGGUUCAGCAAGGGAUGAUCAUGCACAAACAACAAAUACACAACACCCAUGGCAGAAAUGUUUGAAAAUGUAUGCAGCGGAUAGUAUUUCAAGACAGUUAAAAUUAUUUUUCAUUGGAGAUUAAUAAUGAAAUCUAUUAUUAUUGGUUUUGUGUUUCCGCGUUAUUUUGGAUCUAGCAGCCUACGCAAUUUCUUUUUGUAAACAUAAACGUAAUGAU